ACUAAUUAUAUGUCACUGAUUGGCUCUGGAGGACAUAAGGCAAAACAAAUUUUGCACUCCAGAGAUCUGCAGCGUUCUGCAUUCAGAGCGCCAUUAGAAAAUGAAACUGUGUAAAUAUCGAUUGUUAAUUGUAUCUAACCCCGACACCCCCCAAAACAAGAGCAUUAAACCGUGUCCUUGGUUGGCCUGGUGCCGCUGAUCAAUGCCAUGUAACAUCCAAACGGGAGAAAUUCAAAAUCAAAGCUGUCGCUAUAGCAACGCCCCUGCCAGAUUCCACCAAUCAAUGGAGACCGUAGGGUUGUGAGAUGCGCCAGGGAAAGGCCAGCGUCCUACAUAAAGAGCGCGGGACAGGGAGCCGGGCAGCGCACACGGGGCAACGCGCCUUCCCGCACGCACGCACGCGACGCCGACGCCGACGCCGGAAUCAGGAGGAAAGGAGUGGACGAGCGAGAGGACAAAGACGGAAGAGAGAUGCGGAAUAACCGGGAGGAGAUGGUGCGCUCAUGUGAACGAGGGAUCCCUGUCUGGGUGUCUGUGGGCUGCCUGCUCCUCUGCAUCCACUUCCACUCUGUCACAGUAGCAGGAGCCGCCCUGAAGCAGGAGGCAGCCCUGGACAGCGGGGCCACGGUGCUGAAUCACUCUAUGAGCUUGGUGCAGCGCAUGGAGGCUCUGCUGGCCAUGGGCAACGGCAGCGACGUCACGCUGCGGGUGCAGACCAUCGGCACGGACGAGGUGAAGGUGAUCCCGGCCCACGGCCUGGUUCUGGCGCUGCAGAGCGACGUGUUCGAGGAGCUGCUGCUGGCGCGCAACAACAGCGUCGUGGUGCUGAGGGAGACGCCCGAGUGCGCAGCGGUGUUUGACAAGUUUGUGAGGUAUCUGUACUGUGGUGAUAUCUCCCUGCGACUCGAUCAGGCCAUUUCUCUGCAUAAGCUGGCCAGCAAGUACCAUGUGUGGGGCUUGCAGCAGGGUCUGACCCAGUAUAUGACCCAGCAUCUGUCCAGCGAGUCGCCCACCGGCCACGUGGUAGGCUGGUACAGCUACGCGCUGCAAAUCGGGGACGUGGCGCUGCGGGACAGCUGCCUGCAGUACCUGUCCUGGAACCUGUCGUCAGUGCUGCAGAGCGCAGAGUGGGGCUCCAUCAGCGAAGACCUGCUGCUCUCCCUGCUCCAGCGCUCUGACCUCAUUUUGCAGAGCGAGCUGGAGCUGUACGAGGCACUGGAGGCCUGGAUUAGCCAGAACCAGCCUGUCAGUGCGACGGUGGAGACCGCCCUGAGGGCCGUUCGAUACGGCAUGAUCCCCCCUCAGCAUCUCUUCCGCCUUCAGAAGCAGUCCGCCCUCAUGCUGAAGUACUACGAGUCCAUCCGCGACCUCCUCUAUCUGGCCUUCCAGUUUCAUUCGGCUUCUCCGAUCCAACUGGCCAAAUACUUCGAUGUCAACUGCAGCAUUUUCACGCCUCGUAACUACCUGUCUUCCUCGUGGGGGUCCCCGUGGGUCAUUAAUAACCCCACCCGCGACGACCGCAGCUACAGUUUCCAGACGCAGCUGGGUCCCAGCGGCCACGACUCUAGUAAGCGGGUGACGUGGAACGCCCUGUUCUCCCCUCGCUGGCUCCCACUCAGCGCCAGGUCGACGUAUACUGAGCUGGGCGCUAUGCAGCCCACCCGCACAGAGGGGGGGCGGCCUCGCAUCAUUAUAACACCAGCUACCUCCAGUCCAGACUUUGCUGGCGUCAGUUUCCAGAAGACGGUGAUUGUUAUGGCAAGACAGCAAGGAAAAGUCGUGGUCCGCCAUGUCUACAACUUCCACCAAAGCACAGAGGAGGCUGGGGAUUUCCUGGUAGAUGCUGACCUGCAGCGCCGUUCAUCCGAUUAUCUAAUUGACAGCUCCCUCUAUCUGCACAUUGUAAUAAAACCCAUCUAUCAUACACUUCUCAUUGCCAGGAAGUAAAGUCAAAUGUUUUGGUGUGGCCACACCAUUGGUUAUCCUUUUUCCUCCCACACAGUCACAUGCCCAUAUUCCAAAGUACACUCAUAUCACAGCACAUGCUUAUGCGUCAUGUCUGUGAGACCUCUAUGGCUGAUUAGUUUGUAGGUUUUGUUGUCCUGCAGUUAUUUAGUGAGGAUGUGUCUGGUAAAUGGAGGCAUUCACAGCUGAAAAGAUGUAGUUGCUAGUGCAAUGGGGUUUUCCCAACACUUCCUUGUUUGUUCAGGUAUUUUAUAAUCUAGCUGUUAAGUGUAUGCAGUGGCUAAUGUUGUUUUCAUAGGUAGUAGUUUUACUUUUAACAGUUUAUUGCUAUUAUAUUUUUAUGCAUCAAAUGUACAAUUUUUAAAGUUUGUGCACUUUCUGUGACAAUUAAUAAUAAACGAUUUUGUUAUUUACAUGCAUAAAUGAAAGUGCAGUCCCAUUAUCUGUGUUCCAUUAUCUGUCAACAAGGUAAUGGAGACUACUGUAUAAUGCAGACUUUUUCUUUUGUAGUUUUUUUCG